AACAAGGUUUCCCCAACACCCCUCAACUUUCACCUUAGAGCGCAUUGAAUAUUUUGUCUGUUUGCGUCGCCAUCGAUUACUUUGGAUUUAUUCUCGUGUGCUUCGUAUUCUUUUUAUCCGAACCCGAGAACCCGAUUCCCAUUUAUCCUAGAUGUCGCAAUAGAUUAAGAUAUUCUUUGAUUUGCCACCAUGAAUGAAGGGUCGUACAACAAUGUCGUCCGGAGCAAUAGCCCGUUCUCCCCAAUGACACCUUCUACUCCGAGUACAUACAAGGCGAAUGUGAACCGAACGAAGACAAGGAAAUGGGUAGAGGCAAAGGUUCAAAGCUACGACGGUGAUGAUUGGGGUAACGAAUACGAAGACGAAUAUGGCGAGCCCGAACCAGAACCCGAGCCCGCACCUAGGGUCGCUGCGUUACGACAACAAGUGAACUCCCAGCAACCAAGAACAUUCUCUCAAUCUUCGACCGGCAUAGUUAAUUCGUCGAAUAGAGCCGGUCCGUUCGGGGCAAGAGGCCCCAGCGGUCCACCAUCUUUACAUAUACAGACCGGGGCGGAUUUAGAAUCUCGCCCACUCAACACCACUACGUCUGCGUCGGAUCAAGGCUCAACGUCGUCUCGCUUUCCCCUUCGUGAUGGGAGCAGGAACCGAGAAGGAACUCCUCUUAGUAAUAUUAAUGCUCCCGGGUCAGGUUCUCGGCCGGGAUCCAUAUCAACUCAACUAUGGACUCAAAGAGCAGCAUCUCCCACAAAAUCCUCGAAUUUAGUUAGACCUUCAGACCUUUAUAAUCAGGCAGAUGAAGAUAAGGAGAAAGAAGAUAGACCUAUGGAGUCGGGCGGGCUUAGUGUAGAAGGCAAUUAUGGUCGAAAUGGUGCGGUUGAAUCUGAGAGAGAACAUACGAAUCAGCGACGGCUUUCUACCAGUCCAAAAUUGCCGGACUUAGCACGCUUGUCUGGGUUCGGCGACGACUUUUUCUCGACUCCUGGAAAUUAUAACUCUCGGGCUCGUUCGACUUUAUCUACAAUUGCGGACACUCAGCAGACGGAUGGAGCAAGGGAUGAACCUGGCUCGUUAACUGGAUCGGAUGGCAAAUGGCACGAUACUACUGGAAUCUCUGAUGGAAAGAAUCCCUCGAGUACCUUAGUGGGACCGAAGCUUGAACCAAAUCCCCAAAUCAUUAUGCCGCCACUGGAUGCUGAUUUAGAGCCAAAUAAGAGCAACACUGUCAACACACCCCACCAAUCUACCGUCCUCAGACCCCAACUUCCUGGGACUUGGGUGUCCGAAACUAUUAGCAUCAAUUACGGGCAUCCAACGCCCACAGAAAAGGUCGAGGGACCCGGUCCGGCCUCCUUGGGCAGCAUCGCAAAUACUAGCGUGCCGCCAAUGAGCAUAGGACACGCAGAACCCGCUGACAUCGAACCAACCACUGCUAUUCGAAAGCUGCCGUUAAAACACGAUGACUUAGACGCGAUGACGGAAAAUAAAUCCAUGGAUGCGUCUGAGAACGAAUUCAAUAAUGCUACCGGAAAACAUGAUGAUAUCGUAGCCUCGAAAGUAAUUGCUGCUGGACCCGGUUAUCACCCAACGCCUCAGUCUCUUCCGCCUUUGAAGACGGAUAAUCGCCUCGCUUCACCUAGUCUUGGCCUACUAGACAAGUGUAAAGCGUCCGGAGUAGCUGACAUGGGACUGCCAGCAUUACGAUACGGCGACUCUCCGCUUCAGCCGUCCUUGGCUCAGCAGAGUGCAACCGCCAGCUCAGGUUUCACUCCUACGGCGCCGUUGAACCCACGCCGGUCUAUCAUUGCUCCAGCCGAGUAUGUAACACCUACAAUACAGGAACGAAAAUCUACUUUGAGUACUGUUCAUACCACGUCUCCUGAAAAGGAGAGUGAUAAGCUAAGAGAAGAGAUAAUCAAAUCUUUAAGCGCGAGUCCAGCCACUACGCCUGACGCAAGCACUAUCCUAGGCGCGCCCAACGCCGCCUUCAAUCCAGCGCAAGGCGGUCCGACCCGGGAGAGUACAUAUUUAUCUGAUGUUUACGAUGAUUACUUAGCACCAGUAGAAGAUAAGUCUCUUCAAGAGACGGGUUUGCUUCUUAAGCAGGGAUCGAAGACGGCCAAUUAUGGAGUUGAUGACACUGGGACGGAGCCUGAGCUCGGACGAGACCUACAGAAGGGAAGCACGUUUCCGGGUAUCGCUCCUUUGAGCCCACGUAGAAGCCCAGAACAAGGCACUGCACAUCCUCAAAACCGAUUUUCGUGGGAGAAUGAUUCAAAGAAGAGCGUGCCUAAUUCUGCUGGGGAGAUUCCGAGUGUGCUAACCACCCCCAGUGAACCGACCAAGAGUAAUCAGAUCGAAUAUCAACCUCCCCUAAUGUCAGAGCUGGGCGCGAGUGUUACUCCCUCGAACGCUCUACAAGUCCGAUCAGAGAGCCGUGCCACCAUAUCUCAUCAAGUUUCUGACGUUAGUAGUCGUGCCCCUGGAGAUCUGUCGAUCACUGGGCUUGAUUCACCCUCUCCUGUUUCGCUAGUGACGGAUAUUGGUCCUAGAACUCAAUCUGCAGCUCCUGAAACAUCGCGUUUAUCCUUCGCAGACGAGAAAGAGCAAGUACUAAUUCAAUCAUCAUCAAGCGCGUCGUCGACCGAACAACACCCUGCCCUGGCGCAGCCGAUAGAGCUUCUAUCUGAACCGUCGCCUGCCCUUCAACCAGCUCCAAUAGCCCAAUCAUUUUCGCAAGCAAAGAUCAUGGCGUUUAGAGAUAUCCUCAACAUUGUAUCAAUCGAACAGAGAAUCCAGAAAUUUGAUGAAACACGAGCUCAGUUUUAUUCGAUGGAUUCUGGCUUGUCGAACUGGAUUACGUACAUGCAGAGCCAGCCGGAGCAUGGAAUAGCCUCAACGACGUCGAUGGGAGGGCGAAUGUCUCCUUCUGGCGUCCAGUCUCAAGCCGAACAACCAUACUAUCAACAAUAUUUAAAUGCCAGUAACCCUGAUGCGCCGGUACAACGUGGAAGGGCUGCGAGUGGCAAUUUGCAACAGAUGUUUAUAGGACAAUCUGCAAGUAAUUUUGGGUCAUCCGGUGCUCAGGUUGGGACGAAGAGUAAGGAACUCUUGCAGGCCGCAGGGGCAUUUGGCAAUAAGGGUGUGAAGUCGGGUAUGAAACUAUUCAAUAAAGGCAAAAACAAACUUCGCGGAACAGGGGACAAGGGCUUUUUUCAAUAGCAGUACCCUCUCUUCGUCGUGUUUAUUUUGAUUCUACGAGGAAGGUCUCAUGAAAACAACGGCCUUGUGUUGUAGCAUUUCGCCUAAGAAAGAUGUGUGGUGGAGGCUGUGACGGAGGGGAUUCUUAUGCGAUGGGCAGAGGCAAUAUUUCCCUGUCAUUCGUAUAUUCCAGUCUGGGCUUUUCAUAUGCACUGUACUAACUCACCUUGUGGACAUACACGUUUCUCAAUCGGGUUGAGCAAAGGAAUUUAGGCGGCGGUGCGUAGGUUGUACGAUUUACUGGGACACUGGGACACUGGGAGCAUGAAUUUGAUCGAAGGAUGGA